AUGGAGUUCAUCAUGAAGAACAUCAACUUCUCUUCGACGACCAACGAUAUCAUCAUCGGUCUUGCAGAGAUCUUGCAUGGCCCAAGCUAUACGACAUUCUCCGAAGUACCACUGAACUUUCAUGUUCGUUUAUUCAAGGACAAGAAGGGGACAAAGAAGCAUGGUGGUUCAGGAGCGUUAACUCUUCCGACAACGAGCGUCGGCGAUGAGUUCCUUCGUGAAUAUGGGGAACAAGGACGCAAGAAGUUCUCUGUGGGAUCCCGACAAGUUAAAUUCUGCGUUAGCAGAAAAGGACCACGAGCAGAUAUUGUGGACAGCAUCACACGGACACCAUAUCUUGACCCCAGGGCCGUAGAAGAGCAGAAUUGGCGCACAAGUAAACUCCAAAGAGAAUCCGUUCUCAUCAGGACCAUCCAAUUUGGGUGGGAUUGUCGCGACUACAUCUUUUCCAUAGAGUGGGAGAAAACCUUUCCCACCUCGUGCUGUACACUCUCAUUCGACAACGAACGCCGGGAAAUCCGAAUCAAGAUCGCAGAUACUUCACCCUCUUUAGCAAUCGUGACGCGAUUAUCUAACAUUGUAGAGGUUUCGGUACACCAGUACCUGACCUUCCAUGUAAUCUUCUUCUCGUUUUCGGUGCCGCCGUCGUUCGAAGAGGAAUACAAACCCCGGCGGCGCCUACACGCUCUUCCCAUCGACGAUCAUCACAUCGUCGCCCCUUUUACUUCCCAUUCCCUUCGUCUUCUUUGUGACAAUGUUGAUGAACUGCACAAGUUUCUCGAUCUAAGUCACACAGCUCAAUUUCACAACAUCAGUAACAAGGAAUAUCCUGCUGAUAGACGAGGACUGUUUUCCUCGCACUUGCUGGACGAUCUUGCUCAAUGGCAGAGAUACUUCCACUGGAGCAUCGCUUUUCAAGUCGAAGCUCUCGUCCGAAAUUUGGUGCUAGAUGCCAAAGAGAUGCUCAGGUUGAUGCCAGACAUACAGCGAAUGUUUUUAGUGGAAGGGAAGGAUUACACUGCAUCCUUUCUUCGAUAUUUCCGUCCCCGUGCUGAGGCAUUGUUUUAUGAUGAGACAUCGCUUUCCGCGGAGACAGAUGAUGUGGUUCGCCAAUGCUUCUUACUUGCGGAGCAGGAUUAUAAGACGCAGGCCAGAGCUCCGUCUUUGAAACCUACCGACGGAAGUCUGUUUGAAUCACUUCACAUCGUCAUAACUCCAACCAGAAUGAUCUUAGAUGGACCUUAUCCAGAACGCUCGAAUCGUGUUAUUCGCACCUAUAGCUCGGCGAACCACGAAUCCUUCUUGCGUGUCAGUUUUGCCGAAGAAGAUCGGCUGCAGUAUAGAUUUGACAGAGAAGUGGAUGGCCCUGCUCUCAUUCGUCUAAGAGUGGGCACUUUUCUCCUGGAUGGUCUGCACAUUGCACUCCGAAAGUUCACUUUUCUUGCAUACUCUCAGUCAGCGCUCAAGGAACACUCUGUCUGGUUCGUCAAACCAUUCAGAGAAAAGGGUGUUCUAGUAGAUGCCCCCACCAUCAUCAGCAGUCUCGGAACAUUUGAUGGGGAACUUGUGCGUUGUCCAGCGCGGUAUGCGGCCAGAUUAUCGCAAGCCUUCACUGCUACCGAUGCGACCGUAACUGAGAUCGAAGAAAUCAUCCGAAUUCCUGAUAUUGAAAACGAUAAGUACUGUUUCACAGAUGGUGUCGGUACACUUUCCUUGGAGAUGGCGCGUGACAUCUGGUCGGAUCUGAAGUCGCUGAAGCAACGAAGACGGAAGAACAGAACACCGCCGCGAGCUUUCCAAGUACGAUUCAUGGGAUCGAAAGGAAUGCUCUCUGUCGAUUACAAACUCCAAGGGAAAACAGUCUGUUUGCGCCCUUCGAUGAUAAAAUUUGAAGGGACCGAGUCUCGGAAUGUUGAAAUCGCGAGGGCCUUCGACAAGCCUGGUCUAUACUAUUUAAAUAGGCCUUUGAUUAUGCUUUUGGAAGGCCUAGGCGUUCCUUACGAAAUUUUCAAAGAGUAUCAGGACAAAGCGGUUCAGGAGGUUCACGAAGCCAGAGAAACCUUGGAGAAAGCCGCACGUAUGCUGGAAAGUUUUGGUCUUGGCGCCUCAUACCGAAUCACCUCAGUACUCCUCGGUCUUCACAGACUCGGUGUCGACAGCAUGUUCGACAACGAAUUCUAUCAGAAGAUGAUGACGGUGGCUACGUAUGAUGUCCUUCGUCUUCUUAGAAAUCAUGCUCGAAUUCCCAUACCUGGCGCUUGGACGCUCGUGGGUGUUGCGGACAUCCACCACGCUUUGAAAGAGGAUGAGAUAUUUGCGUGUAUUAAGCCACAGGAUUCCUCGAGACGGAUAUACCUUGAGGGCCCUGUGCUUAUUUCCCGCUCUCCCACCAUUCAUCCUGGGGAUGUGAGAGUGGUAUACGCCAUCGGAGCACCCCCGGAGGGUUCGCCAUUUGCUGCGGAGUCACUUCCUAACACAGUCGUCUUCUCAACAUCAGGUCCACGACCUCUUCCGAGUAUGCUGGGUGGAGGGGACCUCGACGGAGAUCUGUACAAUCUGAUUCCUCUGGAUUCUAUGCCAAAGUUCCGCCCCACUAAAUCCCACCAUCCCGCGCAGUACGAUCCGGCCCCUAAACAUUUACUCGAUCGUCCGAGUACAAUGGCGGACGUUGCAGAAUUUGUGAUGGAAUACAUUAACAGUGAUGUUCUCGGUAUCAUUGCAAUCAACUGGCUUGUAAUUGCAGACCAGAGUCCUCAAGGAGUUUUUGACCCUGAUUGCAUAAAGCUGUCUGCUUUACACAGCGAUGCUGUCGACUACCCCAAAUCAGGUCAACCUGUCGCUCUUGAUGCCAUACCGAAGCUGAAAUUCCGCGCUAAACCUGAUUGGAACGCGCCCGAGACGGUCGGGCCUUCCUCCACCAACUACUAUCAGAGCACCCGAGCUAUCGGUCGACUCUUUCGUGCAAUAGAACUCCCUGCCAUCGAAACCACACCUAAUCGCAAACGCCGCACAAAAGGAAGCGGUGCACGAAAUGUAGACGCAGGGCAUCAAAACUUGGACGAUAUCUCUGACGCUCUCUCGAACCUUGAUUUUGAGGAUGACCCUAUCCUUGCAGAAAUCGAAGAACGCGUUUCUCAAUUUAUUGAUACCACAGGGGCGUCUCAAGAAGAACUGGAGUACUUAGUAAGGAUCUUUCGCCGCUACCAAGCAGAGCUUCAGGGAAUCUGCGCAAGCUACACACUCUCGCAUCGUGGUGGGAUGCUGUCGGAGGAAGAGGUUGUCAUCGGUGCCAUCACUCAGAAAACAUCACAACCUCGCAAAAGAAAAGACCUUACUGCAAAACUCCGCGAGCAAACAGAUGUUUUGGUCCGCGGUGUCCGAGAAGAGCUGGGGGGAGACGAAGAUGUACCUCUUGAAGAGGCAUUGCAAAGGGGAUGGCUAGCUUGGGAGCUUUCACUAACCGAGCAAAAGUCAUUUGGAGCUCAAAGUUUUGGAUUGGUUGCUCUGGGAUCGAUUUUCGAAGCCAUCAGAGAAAUUGAAGAAAGGGUGAGGGAAGAUAUGAGGAACAGAGGGUACUGA